AUGGCGUCGGAUCAAGAGCGGGACCACGCGCUCCAAGCCCUCCGGACCAAGCUCAUCGAGUCGCGAGAAUGGGAGGCGAAGCUGAAGGCACUGCGCUUAGAGAUUAAGGGAUUGGCGAAGGACUUUGACCAGACCGAGGAUAACAUCAAGGCGCUGCAAAGCGUCGGCCAAAUAAUAGGCGAGGUGCUCAAGCAGUUGGAUGAUGAGAGAUUUAUCGUCAAGGCCUCUUCAGGUCCCCGAUAUGUCGUUGGAUGCAGAUCGAAGGUCGACAAGGCGAAACUGAAGCAGGGUACGCGAGUGGCAUUAGAUAUGACCACACUCACCAUCAUGCGAAUGCUGCCGCGAGAAGUCGAUCCCCUCGUCUACAACAUGUCGCUGGAAGACCCGGGACAAGUCAGCUUUGCGGGUAUUGGCGGUCUGAAUGACCAGAUCCGUGAACUGCGUGAGGUCAUCGAGCUGCCCUUGAAGAACCCCGAGCUGUUCUUGAGAGUAGGCAUCAAGCCGCCAAAGGGUGUCUUGCUGUAUGGACCGCCGGGAACGGGGAAGACGCUUCUUGCGCGUGCCGUUGCCAGCAGCCUGGAGACGAACUUCUUGAAAGUUGUUUCCUCGGCAAUUGUGGACAAGUACAUCGGCGAAUCUGCCAGACUGAUCCGCGAGAUGUUUGGCUACGCGAAAGAACACGAACCCUGCAUUAUUUUCAUGGACGAGAUCGAUGCCAUCGGCGGACGACGAUUCUCCGAGGGAACUAGCGCCGAUCGAGAGAUUCAGCGGACACUUAUGGAGUUGUUGAAUCAACUGGACGGUUUUGACUACCUGGGCAAGACGAAGAUCAUCAUGGCAACCAACAGACCCGACACCCUCGACCCGGCUCUGCUGCGUGCCGGACGAUUGGACCGUAAGCUGGAGAUUCCGUUACCGAAUGAGGUGGGCAGACUAGAAAUUCUGAAGAUCCACGCGUCCGGAGUCGUUACCGAUGGCGAUAUCGACUUUGAGAGCGUGGUCAAAAUGAGCGAUGGGUUGAACGGUGCCGAUCUGCGAAACGUCGUUACAGAAGCAGGAUUGUUUGCCAUCAAGGAUUACCGCGACGCCAUCAGUCAAGAUGAUUUCAACAAGGCCGUCCGGAAGCUGGCCGAGUCGAAGAAGUUGGAGGGCAAACUUGAAUACCAGAAGUUGUAA